CACGAGUUCAGCGGCUUCCAUGACCGUUGAACAACAGAAGCAACCACUUGGCUCACGAAUCACACCAACCAACAUCACACAGCCCUCCACGUGCAUACCAACCCGACGGCCUUCCAAUUUGCACCUCACUUACGAAGUACAGUCUCUGAUCCUCUCUGCUGGAUCUUCUUGCAAUCCCUACAGAGUAUAAAGACAAUGGCUCUGCUGAAGGAAGCCCAAUCGCUUUUCACAAACGCAAGCUUCACUCCCUAAUUCGUUCUGGUGCGCUUACGCCAACAAGGCCUCCAAUUACCGUGUACAAGUACUUGUAUAGAUAGCCAUCAGUGCUAUUAGUGCCAAUCAAUAUGACGGCCAAAGCUCUCCUUCUCUCCACUCUUUUUGCAGGCCUUGCCCUGGCCUCUCCAGCGCCACGAGCUGACGCAGCGGUCAAUACCACGUCAUGCAACGCUGAUACCUUCGUUUACCAACAGCUUGUCGGGUACGGUCUGACUGCAUCCGACUCACGCGACAAGUUUGGCGACACUGCCGGUGGGAUUGGUAGCAGUGCUGCCAUCGACCCUAAGUCCUGGACCGUGGACAAGAAGGGUGUCUAUUCAGGCAUUCUUUGGGGCCUUCCUGACCGCGGAUGGAACACCGAAGGGACCUUGAACUAUCAACCACGAGUCCACAAGUUCAAGAUCACCUUCAAGCCAAACUAUACCUCCACUGUCAAGAGUCCCAGCUCUCCCAACCUCCAGCUCCAGUACCUGGAUACCAUUCGUUUCACCGACCCGUCUGGUGAACCCAUGACCGGACUUGAUCCUGAUGCUCACGGGCCUUACUUGACAUACCCUGGAUUCCCUGAACUUCCUUCCGCGACAUACACCGGGGACGGGUUCGGUCUGAACGGCACAGGAGGACGCCGCGUGUCCUUGGACUCUGAAGGUAUCGUCCUGAUGGAAGACGGCUCGUUCUGGAUCUCCGACGAGUACGGUCCAUAUGUCUAUCAUUUCUCCCCAAGUGGUAAGAUGCUUUCUGCCAUCCGCCCACCACCUGCUUUUAUUCCAGAGCGCAACGGCACCGACUCCUUCUCCGCCGCCAGCCCGCCACGGUAUGACCCGGACAUCGAGACUCUUCCCGAGAGCAACCCAACUGGACGCGCCAACAACCAGGGCUUCGAAGGCUUGACAAGCUCGCCCGACGGCAAGACGCUCUACGUUCUCACGCAAUCUGCGCUGGACCAGGAUGGUGGCCUCAAGAGUGCCAACCGCUACAACACCCGCCUCGUCCAGUACGACAUCUCCAACCCAAGCAAGCCAGUUGUCAAGGCCGAGUACGUGGUUCAACUGCCGCGGUACUCGAACAACAACAAAGUCGCCGCUCAGUCCGAGGUACACUAUAUCAGCGAGACCCAGUUCCUCGUUCUCGCCCGGGAUUCCGGCGCCGGCCACGGUCAAGACAGCUCCACCUCGCUGUACCGCCACAUUGACGUCUUCGACAUCUCCAAGGCGACCAACAUUGCGGGUUCGACCUACGACUGCACCACUUGCUCCGUGGCAUCGAACUCCUCCGGCGUCCUGAACCCUGCGAUCGUCCCCGCGACCUAUUGCCCUUGGCUCGACUUCAACGUCAAUUCACAGCUCAACCGCUUCGGCCUGCACAACGGCGGUGAACAGGACGCCGGGCUGCUGAACGAAAAGUGGGAAAGCAUUGCUCUGGUGCCGGUCAACCCUUCCGCACCCAAGUGCAAGGACGGUUACACCAAGAGUGACGGGGAAUACUUCCUCUUCAGUCUGAGCGACAACGACUUCAUCACGCAGAACGGCUUUAUGGAUGGUGGAAACCUGCCGUACGCUGAUGAGAGUGGGUACGACCUGGACAACCAGGUGCUGGUGUUCAAGGUCAAGUUACCGACCCAUUGAUGAAACAGCAAACUAGAUAUCCGCGUCGUCAGGCGUGGUAUCAAGAAAAGCCAAAAAGUAAUCGACUACUAGUAAGCAGUAUGCUACUGCUGCGGAGCGGCUGUCAUUCAAAUUCCUGGGUUCAAAAUCCACAGGGCAUGCAUGAGUAACCGGCAAUGCUCGAUAGUAUAU